UCACUUCCUGUGAUUGCACAGGGAUCGUCGUAUGUCUUCUUCCAUGUUACACCUUUGUGUUAAUCCUCGUGCCUCCUGUGCAUUUUGCUAUUUGAUGGACUUCAUUUUCAUCAGGACAUAUCAACGGGGAUUUGCUGCAGCGCAGUUUUUUGGAGUUUUCCUACACCAAAUUCGAGGAAGCCCAGGUUUGCGGGGAUAACCCUUUUAGCUGCCCAGCUUGCACCCCAGAAAUGUUGGCUGUUUCCAUUGAUGGAAAUAGAAAGCUCUACCGCUUUAAGAGAACUGGAAGCUCCGAUGACCCAGCCUUUUUUAAUGGACUAUUUGUGGCGGACGACGGGUCGGUGUCACAAUUUGUCAACAUGAUUCAGAGGGCGGUAAAAAGUAGGGGAAAGGCACCUGUGGGAGCUCCCUCUGGACAGCUGCUAGGGAGACCUCAAGGAGGGCAGCUUAACUGGAUGAGGAGGGCAUGGAGGUUGCAGUCUGCCGCCAUGGGUUUCUCUUGAAAGCCCUUAAUAUGUACAGAGGGGAGAUCUUUGCCUACCCUCUGUACCUUCAAAGAGAACUUGCACGGGCUAAGGCAAAGUUCUUUGCCACAGAUGUUGCGUGUAAAUAUUGGCCAUAUUUAAGAAAAACAGCCAGUGUGGUUCCAGCACUCCAGGAGCUAACAGAAACGAAGCCCUUCCUCAGCAUAAUGCAUGCUCGUGCCCAUGCUACAAAAUGUGAGGUAUGUGUAAUGGUUAGGGAUUUUUGAUUUCUUACAAGUACCUUAGUUAUUCUGAAUCUAAGUUAAUGAUGACAUUACACAAUGUAGUAGUUUGUAUUUACAUACAACUCUACCUAAACAAACAGAUCAAAUAGAGUGGAAGGAACCAGGAAGGUGCAGGGACAACAGCUGGUGAGGAGGUUGAGCAAGUCAACAGCUAUCUCUCGCGAUGUGCCCUGAUGACAAAAUACAUGUCAAAAACAGCAAGGAUAGACAUGCUGACUUUGCAUGCAAUGGGGUGGAACAAGAAGAAAACAGACUCCCUGCACGAGGCAUUGUCAAAAAGAUAUGUAAAGACUUGUGAGAGACUUGAGGAAGAGAGGGCCAGGCUUCAUGACAUGAAACAAGAGCUGGAAUGCUCAGAAGAAAUGGUUCUGCAGUGGCUUUCUGAUGUGAAGGAAUGGGCUGAUGGUGAGACACUGGAGACAUCUGAUGGUGCCCAGGGGCCCAGAGGACUUCAGCAGACCAUCGAGGAGCUUUACCUUAGUGUGAAGCAGCGAAAGAAUACCCUCUAUAGUAAAAAUGACAGCAGCAAGAUUCGUCACCGCCUACGAAGGAAGCUGGCAGAGGACAAAAAGCUUCUUAUUCAGGAGGUGCAAAAAUACAACAACCUUGCACUCCACUCUGCCUCAAAAAUUGAUGAAAGCAUAGUGGAGCAUUCCUUAACAGGAGACAGCACUGCAUCACCAAUAUGGCCAUGGGAGGUCCAUGGAAGCGCAAACAUUUCAGUGAAGAAGAAAAUGCAUGACCAGGUGAUGUUGACUACUAGACUGCAAGAGGAAAAAACUGUGUUGGUGUUGGAGAUGGCGCAACACUGCACAUGGCUGCAAAACUUUUCAGUGCUUCUUAAGACAAAAGUGGCUGAGGAGGGAAGUGGAAACAAAGGGCUUUGCUGUCUGCUGAAGAAAAGACUUUUCGAGGUGUUGCAGAGGUUGGAGGUGGUUGUCCAACAGUACAAAACCGCUUUGGGUCCUGUGGCCUCAACCCUUCUAAAUGUAGAAGAUGAAGAAAAUAGUGGCUUCAGCAGUCCAGACACCAGCGAGGAUGAAGACGAAAGCACCACUUAGGUUGAAACUUCAAUGAAGAAAAUGGACUUCUCUCAUGCACCUAUUAACCGCAACAAAUAAUAUUUCAGUCAUAAUUGAAGCAGAGGCCGAUAGUGCAAAAGAGCUUUAGAAACUGGAUAUUAAAAUUAAACGCUAUCAUGACAUGACAACUCUGUAAAAUAGAUAUAAAGGGUGCUUUCGCACCUGUAGUUUAUUUUCUUAGUUCUGAUUUAGAUGAUAAAAUGGUUCAUUGGUGCAUGUUUUUGUUUUUCCCUUGGCUCAUUCACUUUUCACACUGUCAUUUUGUCAAUUGGGCCAAAGCUCAUACCGAGAAAGGGCUGGACUUUUUUUCAUUAUGUCAGAACCUUCUUUUCCCACGGCUUAGGUGAACUAAUGACAUGUACUGUGGUACUUUACAUGGUGUGGUGCUAGUUUAAAAGUAGGGGUUUGACUUUGGAGUAGCAAGGUUGAAUAUUACAUCUUAAUUUGGAUGGAUGGCAUUUUUAUAUGUUUGGCACCGUUGAAGAUAUAAAGGUUAACAGUGCAUGGAUGAGAGGGGCCUUUAAUAUUCUGCUGGUGUUAUUGUUAAAUGUAUGAUCAUAUUAACUGGUGUUUCCAGGCAUUCUUUGAGAAAGUUUCCUUAAGUUGUUAUGGAAGGCUAACUGGUGAUCAAGUUUUGCUAUCAUUGUGAGAAAUGAAUAGAGGGCCUUAUGAGCACUUUCACUAGUGUCAUUAUACGUUAUCACUACGGCAAUUUCAGAAACAGGCGGCUGAAUGUCAACAGUUAAACCUAUAUCUUUUCACAGUGCAUUCAGUGCAUAUCUUGCCUAUAUUACUGCUACUACUUCUUUGGACAUAAUAAGGGGGAGGGGGGCAAAUACCUAUUACUGGAGUCAAAAUGUCAUGGAGGCGUUUUCAGUCACUCAAAACCAUAACAUCUAGAACUAGUGGGGCUUGAGGAACUUUAAUAACAUGGAAAGUUGAACGGCUUUUCAAAAGUUUUAAGUUCUGGUGACGGGCAUAGUUUGUCAUGGCUCAAGAAGUUGCUCUUUCGCAGUUGUGAUUUUGCUGAUAAAAAGUUUUGUAAUGUUGGCAUAUCUGUUUUUAUGUCAGUUGUUGCCAUGAGCAGCAAAAGUGGUCCAAAGACCUUAUUGGCUUGUAUGGGAUUGUUAACUUUAAUAGUGUAUCAGAAGUUGUAAUCGAAGUUUCACAGUAUUACUACUGUUGCUUUAGUUGUUCAUACUACUCUGGGAGUGUGAUAAGCCAGCCUGUUUGUCCUGGUUUCUGGGUCGAUUGAACUGAAGGAAUUGAUUGAAAGAACGCAGAUACCAACUCUUCUAAAUGAUCUUUGCUCACCUUUUUUCUGUAACAGUGUUGUAUUUGUGCUCACUAUUUUCCAAACUAACAAAGCCAAAAAAGGGAGUGUCUACAUGUUUUGAAACAGCCCCAGAAGAUCAAGGUGUGAAAGCAUCCUAAUAUAAAUUACAAGAUUUGGACAGUUGUAACUCUUGGGACACGUGAUCACUACAAAUAUCUGAUGUAAACUGGUAUUGGUAAGGAUUUUCAUCAAAAAACAUGUAAAAUGUUCUCAGACAUAACUUGCUGAUUUUCCUUAAAAACAUGUGAAGGAUAGAUUGUAAAAAUAAUCUUUACUACAAAAAACUACAAAAUACAAAAAACUUAGCAAUACUCCAAUCACAGCUUACCUCCUGCUGUGGUUCAUUUUCUGGAGUUUGCAGCAUAGAAAAGCACUCUGUAUUUGGCAUGCACUGUAAUGUUUUCAUAAAUGUUAGCUGAACUCCAGCUGACGAUCUGUACGACUGUCAGCUUGAAAAAAAUUCACCUAAAUUGCAGUUUGUAGUCAACUAUUCCCCGAUAAAAGCAGCCAUGUCGAGAUUUUGCGUAAGUUAGAAAAGAUUGUAAUUUUGAAAUCUGUUGAAAGGACAAAUGUAUUUUCCAACUUUAAGAAAAACAUACAUUAUGGUAAGGAGUAGAACAGUACAUUCACUGUACUUCUUGGCGAGGUGCUCCAAGUAUGGUACUAAGACUGAACUACAGAUCUUAACUGUAUACAGUACGUCCAGGUCCAGGGGAAGCAGAGGGCAGUCAUACUGAACUAAUGUACUCCUCUGAGUUUCCACAUAAACCACAAAGUUGGAGCACAAAAUAGAAGUUUGCUCCAACCAUCAUAGCAGCAACUGCCACAGAGAAGCAGCUUUAAAUAUCCAUUGCUAUCCUCCUGGUCUCCUGUUUGGAAAACACCUUAUUUUUUGCUGUUAAAAACAAUAAUGGACACAGACAUGGAGGUGAGAGCAGUGUGCUGAAAGACACUGUAAAUACAACUGACAUAUUACAGCAUCACCGUUAGAGUAAGUCACCAGCCAUUUUUUCCCUUCCCUCAUUCAGCAGUUUUCAGUUUUUCUUUGUGUCUACUUCAGCUGCUGUCUUUUUUCCAUCCGAGUUGAUCAUACUAAAUCUAACAGCAGUGCUGUGAUCUCAUAGACAACACGCACUCUAUCUGAUAGGAUGACAUGUUUAACAAAGUUACUUGAGGGUCAGAUUUCUUACUGAUCAGAGUGAGCACUAUUUCUUUCCCAAAGCUCUCAUCCUGCAUUUUCAUGCAUGUGUAAACAUAUGUGUGCACACAUAUCACAUGCAUUCAGGGCUGUGGGCAGGGGAAGAUAGUUUAAAAAAAAAAAAAAGAGCUAUACCUUUUAAUUUGAUCAGACUACUGUCAUACAGAAGCUUCUAAACCUUAAUUUUAUGCUCCAAAUUUCAAUUUUUAUUUUAUAGAUGUAUUUCCUUUUACAUGAGGUCACAACAUCCAG